CUUGAUCCUCUCUUCGAUGAGCCGCAAAGGCCGCGUUAUAUAUUCGGCAGCCAAGUUCCCUCGCUCAGCCCUCCAUCCACAUUUCCUUCAUUUCAAUCUGACCGAUCCGCGAAAACUAGAAGCACUAUGUGUAAGCCUACGAUAAUUCAGCUCGCGUUGUUGUCCGGCGGCAUAUUCCAGCAUGACAUUUAGAGGAGACGGACAAUGCCACAUUUGCCACCUCAUGUGCGGAUGCCAGUUGGAAUAACAUGGAUCAAAACUCGACAGCUAGUUCGCCGGGCAUGAGUUCUGGCGACCAGCAAGCAGGAAGGGAUCGAACAGAAGAUCUAGCUGUCGAAGAGGCACAGAUUGAGCCAAGCCGUCUAGAACAUGUUCUGGUAGAAAUACCGAAUUCCUUUCAGCGUGAAACCUAUAAAGUGUUCGCCGAUGAGAAUCGCGUGGCAAAGGUUCUACGGGAGGAGGAAGAGCAGGGUGAGCCUGUGUACACCAUCCAAUUCGGGGAUACACGGCAGGACAGGGUACCCCGUAAUAAACUCCUCGAACUUGAAAAUGGCCAGUCGGCGUUACAGACGUUUCAAAGCAGAGAAAUCAGCUCGGAAAGCGAUGAGGAUAAGUCAACGUCGAACGAAGACGACAUCGAGCCACAGGCGAGGGUCUCUCGUCGGCGGCGGCGAGCGCGUGAUGAUGACAAUGACAAUGAUGAAAUCACCCAUUUCAUCCUAAGCGACCUGGAAGACGAAGAAAGCGAUUCGAACAGCUCGAUCCUUAGAUCCAGAAAGCGAGGACUCAAGAACGGAGGGAAGCGCAAACGAGCUUCUGAAGACGAGAUUUCAUAUCACAGUGAGCCGAAGCGCGCGCGACGCGACCCACCCGAGAGGAGAAGAAUGCGCAGGUUUGUUCAUCUUGCGUCGGACAAAUUGUCUCAUCGUUCGAGUGUCUAUGGAGGUUCCUCACGCAGAGUCAGGCCAAUAAUUCUAUCCGACGACGAGAUCGAAACCUCCAAUUUUGAAAGCAAUGAGAGCGGCAUGUAUUCGGAUCUACCACGCAGUCGCAGAAAGCGUGGGACGCGAACAGCAGCUAUGGCGCAGAACUGGCUUAAACAGGAACCUACACGUCGUUCAGAGCGCUUAACUCGUACCUUGAAUAGCAUGAGAGAGAUAGAUGACGAGCAGAUCUACUCCUUUGAGUCUGAGGACGUUGGAAGCACGCGAACUCACCAAAAGCCAUUAGCUAUUCGGGAAAUUUUCCAGCCGCUUCCGCGUGGCAGCAAAUUUAGAGAGAGACAUAUCUCUUUCUGUGAUACGUGCCGCAGCUCCAAUCCUUCUUCAAGCCAGAUGGUCUACUGUCAAGGCUGUACGCUGGCAUACCAUCAAACGUGUCUCGGUCCACGUAGUACACGCGAGCACCUUGUUACUAAAGUUGGCGAGGACGACUUCGUACUCCAGUGCCGCCGUUGUGUUAAUGCACAGCAGAAGAAGGAUCCCAACGCACCUGAUCUGGCACGCUGCCAAGACUGUCGUAAAAAGGGUCUGAGUUGUGUGCCCUUUCGUGCACGCAAGACGCUUUUGCAAGAGCAAAAAGAGCGCGAGGAAAACGAGGGAAAUGAUCCAAUUUGCGAGGUGCCAUCAACGCUCUUGAAUAAUCCUGAGAACUUACUAUUCCGCUGUAUUGGUUGCUCGCGAGCCUCACAUUUCCACCACCUCGAACCCAGGAAUCAGUACUCAAUGAGCUUCGAUGACGAGACGGAACGGGCUGAUGCACGAUUUGACGAGUACAGCAAAGACUGGAAGUGCAAAGAAUGCGCAGAUAUGCCUGGAAAAGUCGAUACUAUCAUUGCCUGGCGUCCCGUCGGUGGUGAAAGUCAUCAGCAGACGCUGGAUGUGAGAACUGUCGGAGAAGAUGAAAAGGAAUAUCUAAUCAAGUGGCAAGACCAUUCUUAUUUCCAAGCCCAAUGGAUGCCUGGUGCAUGGACAUGGGGCGUUGUCUCACAUAUUACUCGAAGUACCUUCUUCAAGAAAUGCCCUCAACCGAAGAUGACAACUGAGGAUGCAAUUCCAGAAGAGUGGUUGCGCAUUGAUAUUGUGCUCGACGUGAAGUACACGAACAGGAUUGGUUUCCAUACACAAGAUAUCGACAGGGCGCGGAUCAAAGAAGUGGACACUGCUCUAAUCAAGUAUAAGGGUCUUGGAUACGAAGACGCAGUCUGGGAGAAAGUACCACGUCCUGAAGAUGGCGAUCGUUGGACGGAUUUUGUCACCGCCUACAAUGACUGGGUGCUUGGUCGAUAUACUAGCUUGCCCUCAGGGGAACGUCUGCGCGAGCGUAUCAAUAACCUAAAGAGCAAGCCCUUCGAGGAGAAGAAAGAACAACCUGCCAACCUCGAGGGCGGCAAGCUAAUGAAGUACCAGCUUGAGGGACUAAACUGGUUGUUUUACAAAUGGUAUCAAGGCCGGAACGGCAUCCUCGCCGACGAGAUGGGUCUGGGCAAGACGAUCCAGGUCAUCUCAUUUCUAGCAAUGAUGGUUCACGAUCUGAAAUGCUACCCCUUCCUUGUCGUAGUCCCAAAUUCCACAUGUCCGAAUUGGAGGCGCGAAAUCAAACAGUGGGCCCCAUCAUUGAGGGUUGUCACAUAUUAUGGAAGCGCAAUCGCUAGGGACAUGGCGUUUAAGUAUGAGCUUUUCCCCGGUGGAAGCAAGCAGUUGCGUUGCCAUGCUGUAGUCAUCUCCUAUGAGACUGCCAUUGAUGAAGGGAGUCGAAAGAUGCUUCGUAGCGUCCCAUGGCAAGGUAUGAUCGUCGACGAGGGACAGCGCCUCAAAAACGAUGGAAGCCUGCUCCAUAACGCCCUCAGCGCCCUUAAGAUCCCAUUUCGAGUUUUGCUUACGGGCACCCCACUCCAAAAUAACGCACGAGAGCUAUUCAACCUUCUUCAAUUUCUCGAUGACUCAAUCAACGCAGAGCAAAUGGAGAAAGAGUACGAAGACAUGACCAACGAGAAAAUCACCCAGCUACACGACCUAAUUCGCCCUUACAUCUUGAGGCGCACGAAGUUGCAGGUUCUUCAUUUUCUGCCUGCCAUGGCGCAAAUCAUUCUCCCUGUGUCAAUGAGUACCUUGCAAAAGAAGACUUACAAGUCAAUUUUGGCGAAGAAACCAGAGCUUUUGCGCUCGCUCUUCAGUCAGGGCAUCGUAAAAGCUUCAGAUAGAAUUGGCCUUAGCAACAUACUUAUGCAGCUGCGGAAGUGCCUUUGCCAUCCGUUCGUCUUCAAUAGUAAUAUUGAAGAGCGCGGCCUGGAGCAACAUGUGAUGCAUAAGAAUCUUGUGGAGGCGUCGUCAAAACUGCAGUUGCUUGAACUACUACUUCCAAAGCUACAACAGAGAGGCCAUCGUGUCCUCAUCUUUAGCCAAUUUCUUGACAUGCUUGAUAUCGUUCAAGAUUUCCUUGAUGGCAUGGGUAUGCUUUACCAGCGACUGGAUGGCACCAUCAGCGCCCUCGAGAAACAAAGGCGUAUCGACGAAUUCAAUGCGCCUGAUUCAGCGCUUUUCGCUUUUCUUCUCUCGACGAGAGCUGGCGGCGUGGGUAUUAAUCUUGCGACCGCUGACACGGUCAUCAUUCUUGAUCCGGAUUUCAAUCCUCAUCAAGAUAUACAAGCCAUCUCACGAGCUCACCGUAUAGGUCAGACGAAGAAGGUACUCUGCUUCCAGAUGAUGACACGUGCCUCGGUUGAGGAGAAGAUCCUGCAGGUUGGCCGAAGGAAGAUGGCCCUUGAUGAGGUCGUCAUCAAUCAACUGGACGAUGACUCCGUGGAAGACAAGGACAUGGAGAGUAUUCUUAAGCACGGCAUGGCAGAGCUCUUCGACGAUGAGAAAGAAAACCAAGACAUUCGCUACGAUGACGCUUCCAUUGACCUGCUGCUUGACCGCAGCCAGAUUGAGAACACAAAGUCUGGCAAGGAUAGCACUGCAGAGUCACAAUUCUCGUUUGCUCGUGUCUGGGAGAAUGACUCUGCCGCUUUGCAGGACUCGCUCAAUGUGUCCGAGGAAGAAACAGCGCCUAACCAAGACUUCUGGGACAAGAUCUUGAAGGAGCGAGAGCGCAAAGCUGCUGAGCGUGCGGCGAAGCCUGAGCUUGGAAGAGGAAAGCGAGCACGUAACACGGUCAAUUACGAUCAAUCUGGGAUUGUGGUACUCGAGAACAAGAACGAAGACGAAGGCCAGGCAUCUUCCACCUCAAACCCUCUCGAAGAUCUUCCAAAGGUUUCGUCUGAAAGGCGAAGACGAAGGCGAAAGCGUGGACGCACGAAGGGCGAGCAGAGCGAAGAUAGUGAUACGGAUUUCCGACCCAGGGACAGCGGAGAGUCUGCAGACGAGAGUGCUGGUGAAGGGACGGCGAAGACUGGUGAUCUGGCUGUGCCUGAUCCCACACAAAGCAGGAAAGGACUAUCUGAAAUAAGUGAACUUGAGGAAACUAAGGAUCGUCCAGCAAAACCGUUCCAGAGAGUUACCGUCCUACCGCCAUUCCAAGGGCCUAUUCAGAUGAUAAACCAGCCACCCCCACUUCUUCCGAAUGGGCAGCCGUACCCAAUGUCACGCCAUUGUCCAGCGUGUAAACAGUUGCACGUGAUCGGAUCGUGUCCGCUUAAGCUAGCAGGAGUUGAAUAUUGUAACCUUUGCGGUUUAGCACAUUUUGGCUACGGCAGAGUAUGCCCUCACCUCAAGAGUGAGACCAUGGUGCGAACAAUGCUCACCGAGCUCAAACUCAGUAGCGAACCGAAAUAUUUGGUUGACGCCGCAGCCAACUACUUGAGAAACUUGAAGAAAAAUCUGGCUCAGAAUAACCGAAUGGCGAAAGCGAAGGCUGAAAGGGAUUCCAUGAAUAGCACGGUGGCUAGGCAAGCUGGUGUAAAUGGGAAGGCUGCAUCAGAGCAAGGUACGAUGGGCCAGUUGCAGCUUGAAGCAGAAAGCAGGCCUCUGGUGCCAUCAGCAGAUCCCCAAUGCACUUCAGCCCAAACCUAACAAAAAUUUAAAACUUUAGAAGACAGAAUAUUUGGGAUUGAACUCCUAUCGGCUACGAUAACAAGCAAGAGCGGACUCCGUCAUGAUGAUCAUUUACGGCUAGGGAUUUGAGUUGGUAGGGGAGUUUAUGACACUCAAUGCUCGUUCGAGACGUCGCAGGAUUUGGCGACCGGAAGUGAGCAUAGGCUUGUAAAAAUAUAGCUACUUCACAAAAAUACAAACAUGUUCUAUAUA